AGUUUUAAACAACACGUUAUCGAACCUGAUCCAGAAAGAGUGAAGCAAAUUAUGGAAAAGGCUCUUUACGAUGCCGAGUGGGUAUUGAAGAAGUAUAAAAUCAACAACGAUCCACUGGAAACGAGUAAAACGUAGAAAUUAUUUUUAUAAAUUCUUAGGCUUUGCGUUGAUUAAAAAAAAUGAAUUUCGAAGUCGUUGUUAGUAAAAAAAGCCACAGGAAUGUCCAGAAGUUUUGGAAAGCCAUGGAAAUUUUUUUGAAAAAUCCUCAUCUCAUUAACCGAAGAAUAUCUACCUGCAUAAAUUUAUUAACCACAAAAAUACGAUGUGAAUUAAAACAGAUAAUCGAUACUGUGUCAAAAGUUGAAAAUUUGUCAAAGAUAUUUGAACGUGAUUGGGAAAGUAAUGAGAUCUUGAGUAUUUUGAAUAUUGCAAAUGAAUGUAGUUCGGAAGUGUUCAGUUUCAAUCCGUUGUUGGAAAAUUACAGAGAUACUUAUUUAGUUGUAAAUAAAUAUUUGCCUCGCAAUGUUAAAUUUUCCCCAGGAAUUGAGUUUGUAAUUAUUGAUAAAAAAUUGAAUUCUAUUUGUUGUUAUCAUCGCAGCAUCGAUUGUGAAAAGCGAAGUUUAGGUUUCUUGCAUCCUUACAUCAUUUCGUUAAACCAUGAAAACAUAUUUGCCAUAAGCAUUGAAAAAACGAAUUUCAAUUCAUUUGAUCCAAGUUUGGUUUGGCUACGAGAAAAAUUUUUUCCUUGCGUCUUGAAAUGGAUAGAAAACGAUCGACCCAACGAGGAUGUACUUGUCGAUGGUUCCUUGAAUCUUGUGUGUUCAGAAAAGUAUACGAACCUGUAUAACAAGUUGAAGCUGAAAUAUGGUCAGGAAAUGGUGAAAAAGUGGCCAGAAUGUACAGAUCCAAACAAAUUUGUAUACGAAGAUGUCGCCAUCGCAGCAUACUUGAUACUCUUAUGGGAAGAUGAAAGAAUCAAUGAUAAUGAUGAAAAACAGAGUUUCAUUGAUCUUGGAUGUGGAAAUGGAUUGUUGGUUCAUAUACUAACGAGCGAAGGACAUUCCGGAACUGGGAUUGACCUGAGAAAACGACAAAUUUGGGAUAUUUAUCCUCCUACAACACGUCUUGUGGAACAAACAAUCGUGCCUUCGUCGUCAAGCUUAUUUCCGAAGAUUGAUUGGCUCAUUGGAAAUCAUUCGGACGAGUUAACACCCUGGAUUCCAGUGAUAGCGGCUCGAAGUUCGUACCAUUGCAAGUUUUUCCUUCUACCGUGUUGCCCUCACGAGUUUGAUGGAAGAAAAUUCCAACGCGAGAGUGCUAUAAAGAGUCAGUAUUUCGAGUAUAUGAAAUACGUGAAGAGCGUAUGUGAGGGAUGUGGCUUCAAAACGGAUAUUGAUAAAUUAAGGAUUCCGUCGACCAAAAGAAUUUGUUUGGUUGGACGUGACAGGAUUUAUCCCAGGGAAAUGAUGCCCAUUCGAGACAAACUCAUCGACGAAAUAAUAAACGCGAGAUCAUUGAAGGGGAAAGAAAUAUCAGCGAAGGAAAGAAAAAAUAAUUCAACAGAGUCUCAAUGGUCGACAGAUUUCAAGCCACGAGAAAGCGUCGAAAGAGUAAGAAAUUGUACAAAAGUCGACCGAGCAGUAAUCGACGAAAUAAUCAACGUCGUAACUCGUCAACUUUUGCACAAAGUACGAAACAUCGAGCGAAAUGGAGGCGGAACUUGGAACGCCGGUGGACAAAUAGAAUUAGCUGAAAUCGCCAAGAUUCUCGCUCCUGAAACACUAAAAAAAUUGAGAAACGAGUGCGGAGGUCUUCAAACACUGCUACGAAACAACAGUCAUAUUUUUCGUGUUUCAGACGGUUGCGUACACUUUAGAAUUCCUGGAACCGCAAUAACGAGCAAUAAGAAUAAAAAAAAUAGCAAAAAUUUUCGAACGAAAGUAAAAGCUUGCUGGUUCCACGAGAAUCAUCCCGAUGGUUGCCCCGUAACUGACGAACUUUGUAAUUUCAAACAUUAAAUUCCAAGGAACCAUAGCAGGUGAUUGUAAAAUGAAAGAUUUUUUCGUAAAGCAGCAUAAAAUGCUUAUUUAUUGCCAAAUCUAUAAUCAUUCUCAUCAUAAAGUUUUGUACAAUUUGGCUCAGAAAAUACUUCUGCCGAAACUGAGUUUAUGAUCGUUGAUGAAAAAUGGAGUUCCGUUGGUUGUUAUUGUCGCAGCGAAAAAUGGAGUUUUUUGCGAGAAAGCCGUUUAUUCUUUUUUUAAAACAUGCAAUGAUACCGAGCAUCAUCGUAUAUAAUUUCAAUUACAUUCACAGAGUCACAUGGUGGACUAUGUGACUUUUUCCAGUCACUGUACGUUAACAAAAAGGGUUGAAACGUCUGACUUACCGUCGGUAUUGGUAGAUACCGCCAGAAGAGUCAGGACAAUGAAAAUUGGAGUUAAAAUCGACAUUUUGUACCGAGAAACUGAAUCAAACUUUUGAAUAUUUGAACUGAUCAGUUAUUUGAAUUUUUCAAUCGUUUACAUCGUUUAUUAAUGAUUCACUUUUCCAUCGACGAGGAAAAUGAACUUUUCCCUCGAUCGGCCAAACGUACAGGCUUUUUUACAUUGGUUUUCGAUGGAAUAUCACUACGUUCGGUUGGUGCUUUGCUUAAAAGCAACAGUACUGCGUCAUGACGACUAACCGCGCGGGCUCUAGGGAAAUUUUGGUUCCCGCCGAAGGGGCGUGAACUUAUAUCCACUAAUGACGAUUGUUCUGAAAAUAAUAAUGACGAUUAUUAAUGGAAUUGAAAUACUUAUAACAAUGGAAAAUUAUAUUGUACUGACUCGCUAUAUUUGAAGUACCAUUCAAAGAAACACGUCUCUAGACUAAAUCUAUGAAUACUAGUCCAAGAUAUCGACUCAUGAUUCAAAUUCUUUGUCACGCAUGCAUAGAAUGUCACAGCAUGCGUGUCACAGCUGCAAAGACGCCGCGGUCAUUGCUUGUCCGGAUUCGUUAAGCCAUAUUUCGUUUCACCUGGUCCGAUAUAUUUUUCACAUUUUCUUCGAGCGUCACAACACUCGGGUGGUGGAGGAAUAUACCACUUGCGAUCGAGCCGAGCUUUUCCGCAGUAGGCGCUAAUCCCUUUUUUUAAAGAAGCAAAAACGGUGCUUGGUAUUGCAUGUUAAAUAGUCUUAUCGGAGAAUUUUCAUUACCACUUGAACCACCGAAAGUGGAAGUGAUAAAAAUUACAAUCUCGAAUAAAAAUGUAUAACUCA